GGAAGCUGUGCGGCGCGGGGUCAGAGGUCGGCGCUGUUGAUGUUGACACGGCUCCCGGCGCGGCCUGGUCCCGGUCCGGGCGCGGCCUAGUUCCGGUCCCGGCGCGGCCUGGUCCGGUCCGGGCUCGUGCCGCCGCCCCGGCCCCGCCGCCCCGCACUCACCGACCGGGGGGGGCCUCGCUCGGGCCCCCCCGGUUCCGCGGGGAGCAGCGGGGCCGGGUCCCGCCAUGACGAUCCUCCCGAAGAAGAAGCCGGUUCCGGCUCCGGACGCCGACCCCGAUUCGGGUCCCGACGCCGGUUCCGAUCGCGGCGCCGAUUCCGGUUCCGAUCGCGGCCCCGGUGGCGUCGUUGACCCGGUCGGGCCCGGGGUCGUUCCGCGGCCUCGCGCGUCGCCGCCGCCGUCGCUGCGGGGCUGGGCCGGGCUCCCCGCCAACGCCUCCCCCCCCCCGGCGGGGCCGGUCGGUGCCGUCGGUUCCGGUUCCGUGGGCGGUUCGGACGGUCCCGGUUCGUUCGUGGGGCUGGAGCCCGAACCCCGCGGAACCGGCCCGGGGGGAGGAGGCGGAACCGGGGGACCCGGGCACAGCAAACGGCGGCGCCGAGGAGGGGCCGGGCCCAGCGCGACCGGCGGCAACGGGCCCGGGGGGGGCGGCCUGAACGUGGGAACCGGAGGAACCGGCGGAGACGAGGCCGGAGGCGGCUACAACAGCGAGGACGAAUAUGAGGCUGCGAGAGUCGAGAUGGACCCGGACACGGCAGAGCAGGUGGGGGGGGAACCGGAACCGGAACCGGAACCGGAACCGGGAACCGGGAACCGGGAACCGGCGGGGAAUGGACACGGGGGGGGGUUGAGCCCAUAUAGAGCCCAUAUAGAGCCCAUGGGUCUCACUUUGUGCCCCCCCCCCAUUGAGCCCCCCACCCCAUUAUCUCUGUGUUAUCACCCCCCCGUGGUGCCCUAUAGGGGUCUCACUUUGUGCCCCCCCCUCACUGCAGCGGAUCAGGUCUAUGGGGAUCAGGACAUGCACGAGGUGGUGAGGAAGCACUGCAUGGAUUACCUGAUGAAGAACGCCGACUAUUUCUCCAACUACGUGACGGAGGAUUUCACCACUUACAUCAACCGCAAACGGAAAAGCACGUGCCACGGGAACCACAUUGAGAUGCAGGCCAUGGCCGAGAUGUACAACCGGCCCGUCGAGGUCUACCAGUAUGGCACCGGUAUGGGGCUGGGGGACCCCAUAGGGGGCUAUGGGCUGGCGGAGCAGUCCCUGAUGAAAAGCGCCAUCAAGACGUCGGAGGAGUCGUGGAUCGAGCAGCAGAUGCUGGAGGACAAGAAACGAGCCACCGACUGGGAGGCCACCAACGAGGCCAUAGAGGAGCAGGUGGCCAGAGAGUCCUACCUGCAAUGGCUGCGCGACCAGGAGAAGCAGGCCCGCCAG